GGAAAAUUGCAAUUAUUUAUUUAAAAUGGCACUUAAGCUCUGUUUAAAAGCCCUUUAACAAUACUAAAUCAGUUUAGUGUGCGCGAUAUUCACUUGACAUUCAGCUCAAUAAUGGCUCGGAGGAAUGUAUUUUUAAGUGCGCUAUUAAUGCUGUUAAUGAUCAAUUCAUCAAGGGCGGAUGAGGAGUGUCAGGAGAAAUUAAGCAACGCUAAUAAUUUAAUGAUUGAACUUCUGAAGGCAUCACCGCCUUCUUCGGAAAAUAAAGCGGAGCACGAAGCGAUUAUGGGCUGUCUAUUUAAAAAUAGAGGAAUUUUGGAUCAGAAUGGGGAACUGAUCGAGGACAAUUUCUUACAUGCCAUUAUAAAGGAGCUGCGCCAGAAGUACCCGGCGGAAGUUGCCGAAAAAAGAGCAGGCGAAGCCUUGGAGUACUGCAGGAAGGCGAAGGGAGCCUCUGUUGGUCAAACGAGCCUAGAGGUCAUUAAGUGCUUGGGAAUUUGGAAAAAUCAAGCGUUUAUCGAAAAAGAGGCUGUAAAGGAGUGACUGAAGUGGCUGUUUUUCUGUUCGUCGGUAAUGACAAUAAAACAUAAAUGAAUUAUGGAAAACUUUUUGGAUGAUCAUUAAACUAUUCCCACUGG